AUGUACCAACUGAGCAAAGAUCCCGAUUUUCACUAUGAAAUUCUCCGACUCCUUGGAUUUGCACCCUAUGAAGGUUCUGAUAUCGGAGAAGUCCUUGUUGCGACCAACCAAAUCAAGUAUGCCGACAUGGAAAGCUUUCAUGACGCCUUUAAUUCUCUCGCUACUCGAGUACUUAACACAUCCACCACGAUUGACGCUACCAAGAACCCCAUAUCUGCGAGAAACACUUUCUUCCGCGCCUCCAGCUACUUCCGCUCUGCUGACUUUUACCUCCAUGGAAACUGGAGUGACCCACGCAUCUACUCCCUGUGGGAUAAACAGCUGGCAGCUUUCAAUUCGGCCAUUGCUCUACUUCCUGUCCCUGGGCAACGCGUUGUUUUGAAUGGCUCUGGAUUUGAUAUCCCAGCCAUUUUCUAUGGCACCGGGCUCCCUGGUCCACGCCCUACUAUCAUCAUGUGUAAUGGCUAUGAUGGCUCUCAGGAAGAGAUGUAUCAUUUCAUAGGCAAAGCAGUCGUCGAGCGUGGAUGGAAUCUCAUCACAUACGAAGGGCCUGGUCAGCCAACUGUUAGACGCGACCAGAACCUUGGGUUUAUUCCUCAAUGGGAACAGGUUCUCACCCCAGUCGUCGAUUACGCCUUGACACGGCCCGAAGUCAAUCCUUCAGCCAUCGGGUCGUUGGGACUUUCAUUCGGCGGAUGGCUCGCACCCCGUGCAGCAGCAUUUGAGCAUAGAAUUGCUGCAACCAUGGCUCUUGAUGGGCUUUAUAAUUUCGGGCCGUUUAUCCUCAACCAGUUCGACCCUGAGCUUAAGGCUCUAUUUGAGUCGGGCAAUGCUACUGCCUUUAAUUCCAUUAUCGAUGGGAUUCUCCAAGAUCCUAGCACUAAGACCAGUAUCCGCUGGGAUAUACAGCAGGGACUCUGGGCUUUCAAUUGCAAGACUCCGUUUGAGUGGAUGACUAAUAUCCAACCGUACACUCUCGAAGGGUUGACCAAGAAUAUCACCGCGCCUGUCUUUAUCGGAAACUCUCAGAAUGAUAUAUUCUUCCCUGGUCAGGCUAAGCUACUUGCAGAUCAUCUCGGAGAUUUAGCCACCUAUCACCCUUUCACGAACGCAGAGGGUGCAGGUGAGCACUGCAGUACUGGGGCUCUUGUUUUACAGAGUCAGGUUGUAUUUGACUGGUUUCAGAGCAUUAUUGACAACGCGUGA